CUUGCGUUCAUUUCCCAUCCUGCUUUUCGCGUCAGCUGAUCUGAUCACAUCCUCUGUGUGCUUCUGGUUUUUUUUGGAUCAGUGAACGAGAGUGACAGAUAUCACACGACUUGUGCUCAUGUCGAUUCAGUAAGAGGAAAGAAAACACAUCAGCCAUGACCGUGUAGUGCUGAAAAGCCACCGCGACAGAUAAACGCAGAACAAACAUGUGUGUAAAGUGGGACUAAUCAAAGCUAGAGGAGCCAUGCUGGCCACCCAAACACCUGAGAGCGGCCCAGAGGCAAAAGAUGUCAAACAGUGGAUCAAGGAAAAGAUCGCACGGACGCUAAAAGCCCUGCAGAAGCGUUACAUCACCACAGACACGGCGGUCACCAGCGAGGACUUGGAGGCGAACCUGCUGUGUUGUGCUUUGGAGGCGGCUUUCAUCCAUGGAAUCAAGAGCAAGUUCAUCAGAUAUGAUGGAGGUAAUUCGCGCAAAGGAGGAUCACGAGGAGCACUUCCUCAACCUGUCUUCUGGAGCCUGUUGAAGACCGUCACACACAGGGAUGUAGUUCAAGAACUGGAACGUUUAAGCUUCAUAAACUCAGACAUUGGUCGCUGCAGAGCAUGGGUUCGCCUGGCUCUAAAUGAUGGGCUUCUGGAGUGUUACCUGACAUCGCUGCUUCGCGAGGGGUCCAACUUGAGCUCCUACUACCAGCCCGGGGCUCUUCUGCUGGACCCGGAGGACCGCGAGGUUCUUCUCACCCUGCUGCAGGGCUUGGCCUCGAUGACCUUCCAGCUCUCCUAUAAAUCAGCUGUGCUGAAUGAGUGGACUAACACACCACUGGUCCUCGCAGGCCUUUGCCCCCCCACGCCUGCCGACGAGCACCUUCUUGGCCCUAAACGCAAGGAGUCAUGGGAUACGGUCUCACAGUCAUCCGGGGGGUCCGGAAGCUCAGACUGGGCUCAGGAAGCGAUCCAGAGGGAGUCGAGGAAAGAGCAGAGCGAGGGAUGUGAAACGAGCACUCCACUUACCUCAUCAAACCUUAGUCUGAAUACGUCAGGAUCGUCACAGCUGUCCUCCAGCCUGAGCUCUGAUAGUCUGCUUCAGGGUCAGGAGCCCAGGAGUCCUGAAAAAGAACGCUGGAGUUGUGAAACGGAAGUCAGCCACAAAGCACAACCAAACACUGUUACAGAAGAGAACGGCUCCUCUAGUCAGGAUUUGAAGAAGGAAGACUUUGAUAUGUUCAUGCCAGCUCCACACAUUCUGAGUGACUCUGCCAAACAUGCUGUUGAAGGAAAAACUGACAUUUCUGAAACAGACACACAUCAAUUGGAUGCACACGUCACAGAGGGAUCUAAAGCGGGCUCGGAAAAGACAUCAGCUGAAGCGUUACAGGAGACACAAGAAGGAACGGCGGAAGAAUCCGAGAUUAUAGUUAAAACCACAAGACUAAAAGUUAAACAUGCAGUCACUGAGACUCCAGAAAGGGAGCAGAAAAGAGAGAACAGAGACUCAUCUGUUGAGUCCCCUUCGGUUUCUACAUUACCCGAGACUGUUGAGACGACCUCUGACCUUAAAGACCCUGACACUCUUCUUCCAGAGACCUCUGCUGCUCCUAGUUCAGUGGAACAACCCCGACAUGCUGCAUACAGACGAUCCACAAGUACUGUAAGCAGGAAAACAUCCUCAGACUCUCUGUAUUCCUCCUGUAAAUCCACAUCUUGGAUAUCAGAGGAUGACUUCUACAAGCCACAAGAAACGGGCAGUUCUGAAGCAUAUGCCGUCAUUGACAUCACACAAUCGAACGGGCAGGUGACGCCUACCUCUGAACCAGACACCCUCCAGCCACCACCUAGUGUAGUGCACCGGAGACAGAACGGUCUUCCUAACCCGUUCAGGGGUUUGCUGAAGCUGGGUCAGCUGGAGCGGCGCAGUGCGGUGGGCAUGUGGUGGGAUUACUACUGCGAGCUCUCUCCGUUUGAGCUGCGGCUUUACAUCAAUGCAGAGGAGCGCAUCUGCUACGAAAACCUGUCCCUGCUGCGCUGCGAAGACGUCCACCUGUCCUCCGGCACCGAGGGCCGUUUUCGGCUCACCUUCCUAGGCAAAAGAAUCUACCUGCGUGCCCCAUCUCCAGGGGAGGCCGAAGACUGGGUCGAUCGCAUCAUGGAGGCCAUCAGCAAACUACGUCCCAUGAUGAAAGACGAACAGUGGGAGGUGCUGCAAACAUCCAGUGAUCAGGAAGUCCCCUCGCCGGCACCCUCAAGCCCUGAACGCACCAUCUCAGAACUUCCAGAUCCACCUCAGUUAGAUUGGACCCGUCAUAAAGACCCAGAACUAGAUGCAAUAAAGGAAGCGGUGGUCUAUCAGAACUUGGAGGAGAAGGGUUGGCGGCCUCUUGUGCUCUCGCUCUCCCUGGAGACCCUCAGAGGUUACCGGGUCCAAGAUGACUCCAAGACGCUGCUCUUCUCAUACCCCAUUGGGACCAUUAGGGAUGUGGUUCCAGAUGUUUCUCUAGGCAGUCCUGCGUUUUUUAAGAUUCUGACUGCGCGGGACACAAUGACGCUGAGGGCAGAGAGCGGCGAGGAAGCCCGAGGAUGGAGGAGCCUGAUCAGAGGAGCACUUGACUCGUAUCUGGAGACGGAGGAUGAUGGAGCUGUUCAGGGUGUCUCUUCGCCCGGCAGCGGCCAUGGAGGGAGUGUCCACAAACUGGUUCAACACAGACUGAAGGGUGACGGGGCGUUGCUGGCUCACUUGUCUGAGGUCCCUAAGGAGAGAGGACUAGACGCGCAAAAUUACAAAUGUGCAGGAUGCCCUCGGCAGAUCGGUGUGUCUCUGGGGAGAGCCAGACUCUGUGAGUUCUCAGGCCAGUACUACUGCGAUUCCUGUCACCAAGGAGACGCAACCAUCAUCCCCUCCCGCAUGGUGCACAACUGGGACCUGACAACACGUGAGGUCUCAAGACAAGCCUUUAAGUUGCUGACUCAAAUAGAGCACGAGCCGCUUCUGAACCUUGACGUUUUGAAUCCUGACCUGUUUGAUCACACUGACAUAAUGGCUACGGUGCAAACCCUGAGGCAGAAACUUCGUUUCCUUGGAGACUACAUCCGCAUCUGCCGCAGCGGGAUCAGCAAAAAAAUCCAACCCAGACUUCAGCAGAGGACAUAUUUAUUGGAUAACUGUGAUGUAUACAGUGUAUUGGACUUGCAGCAGAUAGCAGACGGGCACUACGAAUCUUACCUGCAGUCUCUGAUUGAGUUUGGGUCCAAGCACGUGCACAACUGUGACCUUUGCACCCAGAGGGGCUUUAUAUGUCAAAUCUGCAACUCCGACACCAUCAUCUUCCCUUUUCAGUUUGACAGCACUUCCAGGUGUAACGUCUGCAAGACGGUGUUUCAUUCCUCCUGUAAGGCCAAGUGUUCGGUCUGUCCACGCUGUGUUCGAAUACAAAAGUAUUUAGAGAGAGACUUGGAGGACUAAUUUAGCUGUUAAAAACAUGAAGGUUUCUAAGAAAAUGGUCAUGAAGAAGUUCUCUGUCGCUGUUGUAUCUACAGAGCACAAAAUCCAGGGUUAGUACCAUAUUAUUGUUGUACUUCAUCUAAAAGUUAUCUUACGGUAUUUGAUCGGUAUUUCACACUAAGCGUUUUAUUGGACACAUUGGAAACUCAAUCUUAAGUGCACUUAUUUACACAUUCAUAUGUACAUGUUUAGUCACAUCAGAACACCCAUGUAUGUUCAUUUCUCAAAAGUCAACAAUGCCAAACAAGUACUUUUCUGCAAUUGUGGAAGAACUGUUAUUAAAGCUAUGAUUUUUGCUUGGCAACUUUAUAAAUACACCAACAUUCAACGGUUAAUCAAUUCUCUGGCCUUCACUUGUUCUUCUGCAGGUUUGUGUUUGGAAUCAUAAGUCUUAGUUCUUUUUGCGUAGUCAUCAUUGAUUUAGUCUGGCCAAUUAAGUCAUAUUUAUGAAAAAUUAAGACAAUUAAAUGCCAAGGAUCUCAUAACUCUUGUUUUUAUAUUUUCUCGUUUUACUUUUUUUUUUUUUUUACAUCUGAAUGUCACAUGCCAAGUUUUAUAUAAAGCAUUACAAGUUUACAAAACAUUGUGUGCAUUAAUAAGCAUAUUCUUGUAUAUGCAGGAAUUGUACGCACCUACUAAGAGAGUUGUAAACUGAAAUUAUGAAAUGUACUAACACUUAAAACCUCCUUUAACGGGUCAUUUUUGUACUAUACUGUGCCUUUAUUUCAAGUUUCAUUGUAGCAUUCAUUAUCACUAAAAUUGGUUGUGCCAAAAAUGUAACUAUUAUAAGCCGACGUGAAUUAUUAAUGUAUGCCACAAAAUCAGACAGUCUCUUUGGAUGAUUAAAAGGAUCCGCUCUUUUUAUAUAUGUGAUUCUUGGUUUAAUGAAUGAGAGUUUUUUUGUUUUUUUUUUUUGUUUUUGAGUUUUUUUGUACUUCUUUUUUUAACAAUGCUGUGUUUCCUGAUAUUUUUAUGACAAGUUCAUUACAUCACUUGUAAAAGGAAAACCUC